AUGCCGACGACCACGACCGCUGCGCCCGUGACGCAAAUCCCCUGGUCCAUGCCCCAAUGGUUCCCCUUGCCUCCCGAGACCCAGCCUUCGACCGUCCCUUUCUACCCGGCAGCCCCGUUGAGCCCUCCGAUCGACUCGGCGAUGCAAAUGAUGCCCCAUCCCCAGCGGCUAUAUUCUUCCCACUCCUCACAGUCCGGCUUCUCGCCGCAACAGAUGGCGGAGAUGUAUGAGGCAUCGAAACGCAAGAUGACCUCUCCGUUUCUCUCGGACCAUGCCGCGGGCGGAGAUCGAACAGGAGACAAGUCCUACCGACAGGCUCAUCUGGAAAGAACGUCAUCCUUGCCAUGCAAGAUGUCUGGUCCGCCGUCUGUCGGACUCGGAAACCCAUCGCCUCCAUACUUUCACAGCGGCCCGCAUCCGAUGAUGUGUGCGCCGAUGUACUCUUACCCCGGACCGGAGCCUGUCAUGCAGGGGCCUCCAAGCAUCGGUCUUUGA